ACCUUGCGUACGGAGAUGUCCUCUUCCGCGGCGAGCGAGGCUACCGCGGCGACCACGGCGCUGCUGAAGAAGCGAGAGAGGACGCAGAACUGGAUCCCGGAGGAGAAGAGCGCCCUGUUCGACCUGAUCAAGCAUCACGUGGCCGCGAUCGAGAACAAGAAGAUCGACGCGGCCGCGUCCGCGACCAAGUCGCUCGCCUGGCAGCAGAUUUACUUGGCGUUUCGCGGCCGAUUCUCGGCGGACCGGGACAUCGUCAGGAUCAGGGAGCAGUGGCGGAGGAUGAAGGCGCAGGCGAGGAUGGAGAUGUACACGUACGCGGAGAAGGUACGGACCCUGGGGUCGGAAGCGGCCGCCAAGUCCCGUCCGUCGAAUCUGUCGAUCGAGGUGUGGCGGCUGAUGGAGAGCGUGCGCAACAACGACUGCGAGAUCGCCGAUCGCUCGGACGACAGCAGUCAGGAUAACGAGAAUCCGACCAGUCGGAUGUCGAUUAACGCGAUCCUGGACAAAUUGACGUUGCCCACGGAAACGUCAGGGCCGGUGCGGGAGAUUAAGAUCGAGGUGACCAGCGAUACCGAGGACGAGAACAGCCACGGCGAGCUGUCGCGAAAAGUAUCGGUGGACCAUUUCUCGCGGCGGAAGCGACCCAGGAUCGCGGCCGUGGACGAACCCGUUGAUCUCGUCGAGCAAAAGAUCGCUUGCCCCGACAGCGUGUCGACGUCCCGCGUCGACGAUGCGUUGGAGCACAGCGACGCGAGAAACGAGCCGUCCGUCGGCUGGAACGACGACUCGGCGGCCUGCGACAGGGAUAAAUCGGCGCAGAGGGCGACGUGGAUCUUCAAGUCUACCCAGCGCGAGCACGAGCUCAGGAUGCGGAUGCUGCACAUCGAGCUGGAGCGCGCGGAGCUGCAGAAGCAGACCGCCGUCAACGAGCUGAAAACGUCCGAGUUCAAGAAGCAGCUGGUGCAGGAUCAGCUCGACGAGUACUACAGGUCCGAUUGGUACCGGAAAAGCUCCCCAGCUUCCAAGCCGAACGACUUUUCGACGGUGCUCGCCCGCGAGGCAGACUCGUGUCUCGUAGCCGGCACUUUUCCAGCGCACACACUGAUGUAUCGCUUUUAUACGCACCAAGCGAGAAUGGCUGGAGAACGGGGCUCGGGUGCUGGCAAGGGAGGCGGUACCGGUGGUGCUAUUCGUGACGCUGGUGGUUCUUUCGGGAAGAUGGAAGCCGCCCAUGAGGACCAGUACUUCUACAAUCUGCAAAAGGAACAGCUGCGGAAGAUGCGGGAGAGCCUGCACGACGAGAUCUCAUUCCACGAGGAGCAGAUCAAGCGCCAUCAGGAAGCUAUAAAUCGCCACAAAAAACGGAUCACGGAUAUGGAAACCAAAGAAUGAGCUAAGAAAUUAUAUUAGCGUGAUACUCUCGACCGAUCUCGGCGGCUAUGCUAUUAUCUCGACGCAACGAAGAUAGGCCGAAGAUAGAAUAGAGUAUCACAGUCUUCUUAUGUAUAAACUGUUUCAUUAUAUAGAUAUUAAAUACAAUGCUCUUAAUACAUACAGAUAUGUUAUUUGAGCGUUGAGAAAAUUGCGUUUCCUCGGAUAUUAUACGAACCGCUUAUUUUGGCGAGGCCGUCGUACGACGGUCUGUUUGUACUUUAAACGUCUGGGAGGUAUACUUGGUAAUAAAACGUGUUUUUCAUUGUUGCUUAA